AUGCUCCGUGACGAGCUUCUCCGGUCUAAGAAAGAUGAGAUCGCACAUUGUUUGUCGUCGCGGAAGCGCAAACUGAGCGAGCUCUACUUUGCGACCGUAGGCUUCGCGGGCGCGACCGAGAACGCUCCGGCGGGCUCGCCAUAUCACCAGAAGGAACAGGCGUUUCUUGACGCCAACGACCUCUCGAAAGGCCGAUAUUUUAAUGAAGCUACUCUUCCACCGCUACCAGAUUAUACAUCUAUUCUAGCACGCAAAUUCAAGCACCAAGUGGAAGAAGAACGCAAAGUUCAUGAUGCUGCGGUUGCCCAGAAUGCUGGUGCGCAGGCUACUGCGGCUAACAAUGAGCGGCAGUCGAAGCCCCGGCAGGGUUCAGAACAGAAGCCUUCUGGUUCCAAAUCUGAGUACUUAGCACCAAAAGCUUCUAACCAAGUCGCGCCUGCCAUCGCCUCUCAGGUGCCCGAGAUACCUCAUGUGUUAAUCCCGGUGGAUACACAUCCUCAACAUGUCGGUACAGAAACGAAGGUGCCUCUUUCCAAACAAGACAGCUACCGACCUCUCAGUAUCGGCAAUGCCCCGGUGGAAGCUAGUGCAUCCGCAGCCCAGGCUCAUCCAACUCCUGCCGCCAGUGUUUCGUCACCUAGAACUCCGGACGUAUCGCUUUCAUCAAAGAAAGAUGAUGUUCGCUCAAUUCUCCCUCACGGCCGGACCGCCCAGGUUCCUGAACAACCACUGUCUCCCGUUUCUUCAGCUGGCCCGUGUUCCAAUAAUACUCCAGCCCCAGUCACCGUAUCCCCUGUUACUAGCCCUGCGGAGGAGAUGAAUAAUGCGACUGAUAAGGUCCCAACUCCCAAGGACGAAGAGGCCGUUAAGGCACCACCACCUAGCUUGGUUCCUUCUACGCCUGACGAGCAACUUCGUCUGGAGGAGGCUCAAUCACUUCAGCAGAACUCUCUUGCAGCGGUUAAGACAGGCGGUGAUGGGAUUGAUGGAGGCGCUACUACAAGCGAAGUGAUUCAAGAAGACGUUGUUCCGGCCCCGGCUGCAGUCAAAGAAACACCAAAAGUAACAGCCGAGCUGGCACCAAUUGCUGCGCCGCUGGAGCCGAAAAGACACGAUGGUGUGGUUGAGCCAGCGGAUGAGUCUCAUCCUCCUAUCCACCAACCUGCGCUUGUUCCUCAAGCCGAGGCAGGUGCUAAAGUGCCUACCGAAAUGGCUCCAGUCUUGAAGAAGCCCACACCUCCAACACAUCCAUUACCGUCUCCCCCAGAAAGAAUGACAACCAGGGUAUCUUCUGGAGCCAUCAGACAUAAGUCCGUUUCGGAGAUUCUCGGCGAAGUUCCCAAAACACCCGUUUCUCAAUCAGAUAAAGGAACCGUCGCAGAGAAACCUGCGGAGAUGGCGCGGGAUGUGUCCGCUGCGACCCCCGACUCUGCAGCACGGAUGCGGUUCAAAGACAGGAAAGCACGAGAGAAAGAGAGGACCAAACUGUCCACAGUUGUCUUUCCUAAGCAGCAGCAGCAGCAACAUCAAACACAGGAAAAGAAUGAUUCUAUGGAAUUGGUUCGCCAGCACGCUGGUGACCUUGCUAAGCUAAAUGAGGAACAAGACUAUCUUUUUACCUUGUUCCAGAAUAGAGCAUAUGCACCUCCCCGAGGCACAAGCCUCAGUACACUAAUCGCGUCCGCUCACAAGACUCUAACUACAUCCAACCACUUCCUUGAUUAUCAAGAACAAAUGGACUGCCGUACCUUACGUCGAAUAUAUUCUCUGCAGAAUGCGAACAGGUGGCCUUUGCGCCAGUUGAAGCGUUCAGUUGAACCACCGCGAGCGGGAACACAUUGGGAUGUGCUUCUAAACCAUAUGAAAUGGAUGUGCACCGAUUUUAGAGAAGAGAGGAAGUGGAAGAUCGCAGCUGCGAAAAGUUGUGCUGACUGGUGUGCGGAGUACGUCAAUACUGACCGGGAGCACCGAUCGCUACUGCGCAUCCAAGUCAAGGGUCCGGCAUUGGGGGCCGAGAAUAGGGUUGAAAUCAAACCCAGCAUGGCCUCUCCACCCCAAGAGGCAGGUGAUGAGAUGUCUCACCCUACACCAGACCUAGUACCAUCAACCGAAGAAGAUUCUGUCAGUGAAGGGUUCAACGACGAGCCGCGUCAUGAUCUGCAUGACACAGUUGCACCUGCUGCGAUUUUCUCCCUUGGCAUCGACGAGUUCACAUUCUCGUUGGACAUGACGCCCGCGGCUCAGAAACUUCUCGAUGAGCUGCCAACGUAUACACCAGUCACCAUUACUUCGGACACUGAGCUACCAGCAUUCAAAGAACCUCCUGACUCUGUAUGGAAAACCGAAAUUCUGCCUGUGUCAAAGUACGCGUCAGGCAAGAUCACGUUUCACGAUGACGAACCUCCUCCAAAACGUAGCCGCUACGACUAUUCGCAGUACCAAUCGGAUCCCGAGCAAGCCGUGCUGGAUCUGCCACCCGAGCAAAUCAAUGUUGCACUUUUCAGACCCGAGAACAGACACAUACGUGAUAGAAUCCACCCGGGCCAUUCAUUCCGGCCCCCUACUGAGCAUCCUAUGCCUUCCGUUGGAUUCUUUGAAUCCAGACAGUCAUCUCAGUGGACGUAUGCAGAAGACGAUGAGUUGCGGCGUCUAGUGAAGGAUUACUCGUAUAAUUGGUCUCUCAUAUCCAACUGCCUAACCCCUUCAUCCCAAUUCACUUCAGGAGCGGAGAGGCGGACGCCUUGGGAAUGUUUUGAGCGCUGGGUUGGUUUGGAAGGGCUACCUGCCGACAUGUCUAAGACACAAUACUUCCGUGCUUAUCAUCAGCGGCUUGAGACAGCACAGCGUACCGUGCUGGCUCAACAACAAGCUGCUCAGCAGCAGCAACAGCAGCAGCAACAACAACAACAACAAUCCACUACCAACAACCCCCAGUCACUGCCCCCUGUGCGAAGGAGGACCACGCAGCCCCUCAGGGUCGACCGGAAAAGAUCCUCUAAGCAUCUUGCAUUGCUUGAUGCUAUGCGUAAAUUAGCCAAGAAACGAGAGACGAUGCUGCAAAAGCAACAACACGCCUCCCACUUGGCGUCAUUGCGAAAAGUCAAUGAAGCAAACCAGCCCAAGCCUCCCAUCUCAUCGCCCGCUGAAUUCAGCCGGCUCAAGUACGAGCGUGAGUUGAAGCUUCAGGAGAGGCAGGAACAGUACCGACAGCAAAUGAUUGCCCAGCAAAGAGCGAACAUAGCGGCUCAACGUGCUGGCCAAGUACCUAACCAACAGCCGAUGAUGAACGCUCCUGGACGAACCCCUGGUGCCAUGGCUCAUAACCCUGGAAAUUCGGCUAUGACCGGCAACGCUACGAAUGGAAUGCCAAGCGGAUUACCAAAUGGGUUGCCCAACGGAGUGACACCUGCAGUCGGCGCAAACCAAGCGCGACCUCACAUGCAAGGCAUGCCCAAUGGCACGCCUGUGAAUCCACCGACUCCCCAAAACCCAAUGACUAUGAAGAUGAUGCCACAGUCCGGAAUCCAGCAGAAUAGUAAUGGUGCUCGUCCUGGAAUGCCGAUGCAGACACCGCCAGAUAAUACGCGGGUCAUCCGGGAGGCAAAUCGCCUUCAAGAGCAGCAGCGGAUCCUACAGACCAGACAGCAACAGCCACACCAACAACCCUUGGGUCAAUCGCAACACCCACAACAGCAAUUUCAUAAUCAGCCCCAGUUUGUGCCUCAGGGGUCCCAUUCUCCAAACCCAAAUAUGCCUAACGUCAACGGCACUCCAAACAAUCCUGCGAUGAUGGCGGCACUUCAGGCCGGAGGAGGGAUGCAAAGUCCGUCUUUUCAUAACGCCACCCCUCAGGGAGUAUCGACGCCCUCUCCUCGCAUGGGUCAACCCAACCUUUUAUCUGGUGGUGUCGUUCCAACUAUAAGCAACAUCCAAAGUCAGAUUCAGCGGAAUAACCCGAAUAUGCCUCCGGAACAAGUUAGUAAACUCGCUACGGACAGGUUACACCAAUACCAACAGCAGCGCAUGUCCCAAGUUGCCAUGAGCGCAGCUGCUGGCAACAUCGGCAGUGUGCAGGCCAACUACCAGGUCGAUGCCAAUUUCCAAUCCCCUCAGCCCGGCCUCAACGGUGGGUCGGGGAUGCAGGUACCUCAAGCACAAGGCUUCUCCCCAAUGAUGCGUGUUCCCCAACCAGCUCAGCAAAAUCGUGUCGGUGUAGGGGGCUCUCCUGCCAUGAACGGAGCGAUCCCUCAGCCGAGCCGGAGCGUGACCCCGCAAACCCAGCGCAGUGGCAGUGCCCAGGCUGGCGCAGUGGCCGGGACGAGCAAGAGUCCCAACCCUCCGCAAGCUCAGACGGUGACGAACUGA